AUGGGUUCCAGCUACACCAAUAACCUGCUGCAGAAAACGGCGAAGGGCCAAAUCUGCAAGGCAUUCGGUAUCCGGCUAGUCACCAACCCCCAAGUGGUCCAGUUGGCGGCGAACAGUGGAUACGAUGCGCUCUUUAUCGACCUAGAACACUCGACGCUAUCUCUCAAUGAUGCAAGUCUGCUGUGUAUGGCGGGCCUGGGUUCAGGUAUCACACCCUUUGUCCGCGUCCCCUACCAGUGUGGCGACGGCUUCGUGCAGCGCGUCUUGGAUGGCGGUGCCAUGGGAGUCAUCUUUCCCCAUAUUCAUAACAAAGAUGAUGCCCUAAGCGCAGUGUCCAUUUGCAAAUAUCCACCUACGGGGAAGAGGUCUAUGACAGGCCAGCUGCCAUAUUUCCGGCUUCAGUCGACGCCGGUCGGUGUUUUCACCCAGGAGAAUAACUCCAAUGCAUCGUCUGUUUUUGUGAUGAUUGAGACCCGGGAGAGCAUCGAUAAUGUGGACGAGAUUGCUUCCGUGGAUGGGAUAGAUGUGCUGCUGAUCGGCUCGAACGAUUUAUCUACGGAACUUGGGGUCCCUGCACAGUUCAAGAGCGAUGGAUUUCAGUCGGCUGUGGAGGCCGUGAGUCGGGCCUGCAAGAAACAUGGCAAGACAUUCGGUCUUGCUGGUAUCUACGAGAAUGAAGAGCUGCAUGACUGGGCUUUGAAUAAGCUCGGAGCCGGUUUCAUUCUGGUACAGCAAGACUCUGGCAUCUUGGCCCGAGCUGGGAAGGAUUGUGCAAACGCUAUUACAUUGCUCACUGGUCGUUAG